AACAAAACAAAAAAAAAGAAAAAUAAAUAAAAAAGAAAAAUCUCGUUAGUUCGUGUGUUUACGAAUUUUUCUCCCUCCCCUCUCUCAAUUAAGUGUGAGAAAAAAAAGGGGAGAGAGAGGGAGAAUUUCGCGCGUGCCAAAGUAAAGGAAUAUUAUUAUUAAUAUUUUUGUUUUGUGUAUUAACAAAAUAAUUAUGCGGAAGGGAACGACAAAUACGUGGACAACAUUGGUUGAAGAAAAUCGUUGGUUUUAAUACAUCGUUAAAGAAUAAUAAUAAUAAGAAGAAGAAGAAGAAAAUAAUACGUGAUUAUUAUUUUAAAAGAAGAUAGUUAAAUAGAAGAAUACGAUUGGUUGAACAAGACGAAGUCAAGAAGAAUAAGAAGAAGAAGAGGAAGAAGAGGAAGAGGACGAGUUAGUUCAGAGUGAAAAGGCGGUCGUGCCGCUUUCACCGAGUAUUCCUUCUAUCUAUCUAUAUAUAUAUAUAUAUAAAUAUAUUUAUCUCUCUCUUUCUCUUUCUUGCUCCCCCGCUGAUCGUGACGGGCACGUUAACGGUCUCUCGUGAACACACAUACACAUAAACACAAAACACACAGGUUAGGAAGAGAAAGAAAGAAAUGAUAACGUUCUUCCGUUUAGUUGACGAGUUGUUUACUUGUUUUUUUUAUUGUUCAUCAAAGAAGAAGAAGAGGAUAAAUAUUUUUAUGAUAUGAAAAUAUUUUCUAGUUAAAACAAAACAAAUUUUGAACGAAUUAUCUAGGAUAGAUAAAGAUAAAGAGAAAUCGAAAGACUAUUGUUGUGAUAUUAUUGUAUUCAUGUUUUUCUAUCCAUAUAUAUAUAUAUAUAUAUAUAUACAGAAAGUAUAUUAAUAUAAAUUAGUUUGGAUUAGUAGUUCUCAUCAUUUCGUUGGAGUAGAACGUAGUAUGGAAACUGAGAUGUACAUAAAAGACGAAUUAAAUAAGAAAAAUUGUAAUUUGGAUAGAAACGUUAAACAAGAAAAACAAUUAACGAUGAAAUACGCGUCAACUAAUUCAAUACCAUCGACGAUGGAUGAAGAAAAUGAAUAUUCGUUUGAAAGAAUAACGGCCGAACGAUUUACCGGUGGUAGUAAAUCGGCGGCCAUCUUGAGAGAUGGUACUACUACAACAGCAGCAAGUGGCGCGUCAGCUGCUAAAGGUAGAAGGUACAGUGUACUCGAAGAUUUAAAAGCACGUAGGGACAGUCUAUGGCAAAGGGCACGUCGUGCAAGUACAUUCGAUGAAAAAGAAAAUGCGAAACAAUUGAAAAUCGUUUACGGUAAAGAUAAAAGAAGAAGUAGCGACGGUGGCGCCGCCAAUAGAAGGGGAUCAGUUUUUUACGUAACUGAUGAUCUUCUUGAAGAAAAACGCGAUGUUCUCGAACAUGAGGAAGAGGAAAGAGCUGCUAAGAUCGAAGCUAAAAAAGGUAGAAGGAAGUCGUGGCAUCCGCUUGCCAAUAAACCAUCCAAAUCUGAAAGGAAAAGGAAAAAGGCUGUUGUUGGUGCUGCACCAUUGGAACAAGUUGCAAGUGCUGAAGCACUUUAUACUCAAACAAGACAAAAGAGACCUUCUUGGUGGAAUAUAUUUGUACCGGAUUCAGUUUCCAGGUCCAGGCGAAUGUCCCAAGAUGUCACACAUUCGAGAUCUACUGAGAGUCUUAUAGGGUCUUACACCAGGAGUAAGAGCAGAAGUGUGGAUCAUGGAUUCACGGCGCCCUUCGAUUUGGAUUCUUUACGAAAUAAGGUCGAAGGUCGAUUCGAAUCAGUCGACAAAUUAUCCAAAGACUCCGAUAACGAAAGCAAAGAUGGUUCCACGACACAAGAAAAGAAACAUGGCCGCAUGUCUCAACCAAUUAACACUAUCGCAUAUACGGUGGGCGACAGAGAUACGCUUACGUCAGUGGCAGCCAGAUUUGAUACCACACCCUCCGAGCUAAGUAAACUCAACAGGCUUGGUAGUACCUUCAUCUAUCCAGGACAACAAUUAUGGGUUCCAAACAAAGGAGGAGGCCGCCCUGAAGGCGGUACCACAACAGACGCACCCAGUCCAGAUCCUCCACAGGAUCAUGACUCACAGGACGAUUUGCCACCAGAAGAAAAAGAACUAUUAGACAAUUUACGACCUGUAUCACCUAAACCAGGCCACAUCGAAAGAGUUAAGACUCCCCUUGGGAGUGGAAAUGCUGUUAUGGAAGAUGACGAGCAACCAUUUAAAGAAAGAUUUUUGAAGAUCAACGUACGUCAUAUUACAGAUGGACAGGGUGUGGUAGGCGGCGUAUUAUUGGUUACACCAAAUGCAGUUAUGUUUGAUCCAAAUGUCUCGGAUCCUCUUGUCAUUGAACAUGGUGCUGAAUCUUAUGGGGUUAUCGCUCCUAUGGAAUUUGUAGUUAAUGCUGCAAUAUAUUACGAUAUUGCUCAUAUGAGAGUGGGACAUGCAAAAUCUGGCACUUUGGAGAAGAAACCUGAUAUAUAUUACAUGAAUAAGCCUUCUCAAGCGGAUAGUCAAAAAUCUCAAUCACCAGGCAAAGAUGAAACUUUUCCUGAAUUGGCAGCUGAUGACAAUGAAAGUGUAUGCAGUUGUGCAGAAAGAGAAGGGGAUGCUUUUCCAAAAGCUUUUGAUAGAGAACUUGUAACACCUACCAAUCUUCAAAAUGAGGAUAAUGUAGCGCCAAUUAAAGAGAAGGAAGAAAAAGAAGAAAAGGAGAAUAUUGUAAAAGAACCAUGCGUUGGUGGUCAAGGGAGUAGAACGUUAGAAGAACGUAGGAGAUCGAUGUUAGAUCAUCAUUGGGCAGUUCCUAGCAAGGAUCGAAGUACAUUUUCGGUCGACGAUGAACAACAAGAUUCUUUGAAUUCUGACAAGACAGAAUCAGCAAAAUCUAAUGCCAUUCCUGAAGACGAGGAAGGAUCUCUAGUCAAAAUGUCUUGUCAUGAUUCUGGCAUAGACAUACGUGAUCCCAACCCACCGCUUCCUAUUGUUCAACCUAUGCCAGCAAAAAAAGUAUAUUCAGAUGCGGAUAUUGUUUUAUCUUCCGAUUGGGUUCCACCGAUAACAAUAGCUCCAACUAAUAUCACAACAAGUUCGUUAGAUAGCGGUCCUACCAUCAAUGGUAGAAAGAAAGCUAGUUCGGUAUCAUUUAGUUUAGAUAGUAAUAACGAAGAACCUGAGAAGGAUGAGGAACAUAAGGAUGAUGAUAAACAAGAAUCUAGAAAAAACAAGAUGUUAAAACGAUUGUCUUAUCCAUUGUCAUGGGUUGGAAUGGAAGGACUUACCGGUGACAGAGAAGAUGAAAGCAAAUCUGUUUCUGAUAGAGUUUCAAGCUUGCCGAAUAGUGCUGAUUCACAUCAUUCAUCUGUCUUCAGUAAAGUUUUCUCAAGCUCGCCAAUCAACCUGGUGAGUGACUUUAGCUCGGGCCUCUUUGCUAAAACUCCCAGCGAAGAGAGUGGUGGGGGCGGUAGAGCUGGAGGAACACCUCCGCUUAUCGCCUCCUAUCUCUCCCAGGAUUCCAGCAAUUCUCAAUUUUCACCAGGUCCAGGAGGCCUAAUUGGGCGUUCUUCUGUUGGUACUUUCAUCAGACAACAACCUCUAACAUCGUCAGGUAGUAGCAGCGUAGACAGCAAUCGUGGAAGUAAAACUUCAACGACACAAGCACCACGAUUGGAUUAUCGCAGUAUGGUCUCAGUUGAAGAUAUGCCCGGGCUGUUCGUCAGUUUUGACAUCCAAGCACCUAAUUUUCCUGAACUUGAAGGCCUCGAACUGAUACCAAGACCAGCACGAUCUUGUGAAGAUCCACCAUUGUAUUUGAGACUACGUACUGGAAGACCUAAAGAUAAAAAAAUACCCCGAUCUACCCCUAUUAUGAGUUAUGGCAAGAAGAAACUGCGUCCUGAAUAUUGGUUCAGUGUUCCACGUAAUAGGGUGGAUGAUCUUUAUAGGUUUAUUCACGCUUGGGUGCCUAACCUUUACGGUGAACUCGAUGAAAAUUAUUGGAGGGAACGUGGUUAUGUUUUAUCAGACACCGACACAGAUUUAUCUCCAGAAUUGACACCGCAGGAAUCCGGCGAAGGUGGAGAAACAACCGAAGAGGGAAAGGCACGUAAUCAAGAUGGCGAUGAUAUAUCCGAAUUAACGAGAGAAUCUUGGGAGUUGAUCAAGGCCCCCUACGUAAAGCUGUACGCCAUCCUGAAGACAUCAAGCACCUCGGCUGAUUCCGAGCAGACCCAGGACCCGGAGGUGCUGUCUAUGAGCGAGGAAUUAAGGAGAGCUCUUUAUGCAAAUAGCGCAGUCUCCUUAGACAACGAUAUAAUUAUACCGGAUCUUGUUGGUACAACGGAGAUUCUAAGCGACGAACACAGAGAACAUUUAUGCAGACAUUUACCAGCAAGAGCAGAAGGCUAUCUUUGGACUUUAGUAUUCAGUACGAGUCAAAAUGGUUUCAGUCUGAACAGUAUGUACAGAAAAAUGGGAAAAAUUGAAAGUCCAAUUUUACUGGUCAUCGAGGACACUGAGGGUAACGUGUUUGGAGCAUUGACUUCAUGCGCAUUGCACGUUAGUGAUCACUUUUACGGUACCGGCGAGUCCUUACUAUUUAGGUUUACACCAAGGUUCCAAGCUUUCAAUUGGACCGGUGAUAACCUUUACUUCAUUAAAGGCAACAACGAGAGUCUUGCCAUAGGAGCUGGAGACGGUAAAUUUGGACUGUGGUUGGACGGUGACCUUUACCAAGGAAGGACACAAUCAUGUAGCACAUAUGGCAAUGAACCAUUGGCACCACACGAAGACUUUGUCGUUAAGACACUAGAAUGUUGGGCGUUUAUAUAGGAUUCGGCCUCAUAUUAUUCAUCUGCUACCUCAUCCUCGCCGCAGCCUAAUUUGACCUGAAUCUGAGUACCUCUCUCCGUAGAUGAUAUUUCAAUUUUUAAGGAGAGAUCAUGGGAAAUGACGCGAUAAAGAGAAAUAAUUAAAUAUUUUGAGAAAAAAAUAAUAAUAAUUAUUAUCAAGAAGAAAGGAGAUGAAGAAGGAACAGAAAAAUAUAACACGUUUGCCCAAAGAGAUUAUAAAAAAAAAAAAAAAUUACUGAUCAUUGAUUGUCCUUAUUGUAAACUCUUACAGUAAUAUUAAUAAUAAUAAUAAUACUAUAUAUAUAUAAAUAUAACAGCAGAGAGGAACAACAAUAACAAAAAAUACCGAGUUCGAUCAAUGGAUCAAAGAAUAGCGUGUGUCCUUUGCGAAUAAAUCGAAAGGAUUCUCAUAAUAAUAA